GGGGCUGGCGGUCUGCCUUCUGCCUGGGCCCCAGUGGCAGCAGCCCGGGACUGAGCUGAACUCCCCGCCCCCAGGCCUUCGGGCGGGGCUGCACCUGCCGCCACUCAGCUCCCGCACCUGGCCAGGUGAGCGGCCCCUGCCUCUCGAGCUGGGCCUGUGGACAGCCUCUGACCCAUCUGGGUGCCCAGCCGGCCCGGCCGGCCACAAGGACAGUGAGUCCAGCGCCUCCAGGGGCCCAGUCUACUCGGCCAAGGGGCGCCACGGAGCCAGUGCCCAGCCGGCCACAGCCGAGGAACCCUUCUAGAUGAUGGCAGAUGCCUGCGCCUGGGCCCCCGACUUCCUCUCACCACCGGGAAGCCGGGACCUGGGGCCUGCCCUGGGCAGUGUGGUCACUCUGAACUGCACGGCCUGGGUGGCCUCCGGGCCAGCCUGUCCCUCCGCCUCCAUCCAGUGGCUGAAGGACGGGCUGCCGCUGGACGACAGCAGCCACUACAGCCUCCACGAAGAUGACUGGGUCCAGGAGAACUCGUCCAUGGUGCUUCUGUCCAGCAUCCUGGGGGUCAACGUGACGGGCACGGGGGACUACGGGGCCUUCUCCUGCUCCAUCAGAAAUGUCAGCUCUGCCACCUUCACUCUCUGGAGAGCCGGCCGCGCAGGCCACGUGGCUGCGGUGCUGGCCUCCUUGCUGGUCCUGCUGUCCCUGCUCCUGGUGGCGCUGCUCUACGUGAGGUGCCGGCUCCCUGUGCUGCUCUGGUACCAAGACACCUAUGGGGAGGUGGAGGUGAACGAUGGAAAGCUGUAUGACGCUUACAUCUCCUACUACGACAGCCCUGAGGACCACAAGUUCGUCAACUUCAUCCUCAAGCCCCACCUGGAGCGGCGGCGCGGAUACAGGCUCUUCCUGGACAAUCGGGACCUCCUGCCACGUGGGGAGCCCUCCGCUGAGCUGCUGGUGAACCUGAGCCGCUGCCGGCGCCUCAUCGUGGUCCUGUCAGAGGCCUUCCUAGGUCGGGCCUGGUGCAGCCAUAGCUUCCGGGAGGGGCUGUGCCGGCUGCUGGAGCUCACUCGCCGGCCCAUCUUCAUCACCUUCGACCUGAAGCGCCAGCCCGCACACCCGGCUCUGCGCCUGCUGCGCCAGCACCGCCACCUGGUCACCCUGCUGCUCUGGAGGCCCGGCUCAGUGACGCCUUCCUCGGACUUCUGGAAGGAGCUGCAGCUGGCGCUGCCCAGGAAAGUGCAGUACCGAGCGAAGGAGGGGGACCCCCAGACCCAGCUGCAGGACGACAAGGACCCUAUGCUGACCGUGGGAACCCGGGAUGGGCGCGCCCGGGGCCCAGAGCGGGACCCUGAUCCCGAGGGAGACCUGGGUGUGCGGGGUCCUGUCUUUGGGGAGCUGUCGGCCCCGGCCCCGCUGCCCGCAAAUGGGGCGUCGCUGGGAGAGGGCCGGGGCGGCGAGAUGGACGUCUCGGACCUGGGCUCCCGCAACUACAGUGUCCGCACAGACUUCUACUGCUUGGUGUCCAAGGAAGACAUGUAGCCCGGGGUGGGGGGGUGGCUGGGUGACUGGGGGGGGUGUCCUCUGCCAG